GAAGCUGCUGUGUUUGUACUGUAGAGCCUCAUCUAUCUUUAAUAAUGAAUUUAGCAGAAGAGGAACACAUCACCCCCAUGGAUCCACACAAUGAAGGAUUCCAGAAACUAAUAAAAAAGGAGGAAAAAGAUGAAGAUGGAAGUUACUUCUGUGAAGGAUCUUUAAUCCCUGUGGAACACGUCACCUCUGAGGAACACCUCACCCCAGAGGACCAACAGUGUGGAGGUUUCCAGAUGAAGCCUGUGAAGAAGGAAGAACCUGAAGAUAAAGAUGAACUCAAACUGAACAAGGAUUUCUGCUGCUCCUCGUGUCCACGUUCCUCUACAACCCAAAAUCAGCUCCACAAUCACAUCAAGAGCUGCAACCAUGAUAAAUAUGAGACUCUAAUGAAGAUUAAGACUGAACAUGAGGAUCUGACGCCCACCAGAAGCUCCAGUAAUCAGCAAACGUCCUCUGGUACUGUCAGCAUUAACACCUCUCUCAGUCCCACACAGGAAGAAGGAAACGUCUGCUCACAGUGUGGGAAGAGCUUCAAGUUCCAGUGUGAUCUCAAAAUACACCAGCGCAUUCACACAGGAGAGAAACCAUAUCUGUGCUCACAGUGUGGAAAGAGUUUUAAUACAAAGAGUGAGCUUAAAAUACACCAGCGCAUUCACACUGGAGAGAAACCAUAUCAGUGCUCACAGUGUGGAAAGAGUUUUAAUACACAGGGUAAUCUCAAAAUACACCAGCGCAUUCACACUGGAGAGAAACCAUAUCAGUGCUCGCAGUGUGGAAAGAGUUUUAAUACAAAGAAUGAGCUUAAAAUACACCAGCGCAUUCACAGUGGAGAGAAACUGUAUCAGUGCUCACAGUGUGGAAAGAGUUUUAAUGGACAGAGUCAUCUGAAAAGACACCAGCGCAUUCACACUGGAGAGAAACCGUAUCAGUGCUCACAGUGUGGGAAGAGUUUUAUUACACAGAGUAAUCUCAAGACACACCAGCGCAUUCACACUGGAGAGAAACCGUAUCAGUGCUCACAGUGUGGGAAGAGUUUUAUUACACAGAGUAAUUUUAAAAUACACCAGCGCAUUCACACUGGAGAGAAACCGUAUCAGUGCUCACAGUGUUGGAAGGGUUUUAAUCAACAGGGUAAUCUCAAAAUACACCAGCGCAUUCACACAGGAGAGAAACCAUAUCAGUGUUUACAGUGUGGAAAGAGUUUUAAUACACAGAGUAAUCUCAAAAAACACCAGCGCAUUCACACUGGAGAGAAACUGUAUCAGUGCUCACAGUGUGGAAAAAGUUUUAAUCAACAGAGUGCUCUUAAAAUACACCAGCACAUUCACACUGGAGAGAAACCGUAUCAGUGCUCACAGUGUGGAAAGAGUUUUAAUCAACAGGGUAAUCUCAAAAUACACCAGCGCAGU